AUGAAUAUUGCCCAAAAUUUAGACAACUGCAAACAUUUUUAGGCAUUUGGAGGAGAAUAUUCCUAUAAAUACCUUGAAUAAUAUAAUAACGAGUUACUUUAAUCUCAUUCGAUAAUAUUUUAAGUAUAAAAUUAAAAUGAUGAUCCAAAAUAAUAGCGCAUUAACAAGCUAAAAGAAUUAAUAAAGUUGUAAAAAUUGAAAAAUGAAUAAAACAAAUAGGUCGAAGAUAUGAAAGAAGUAAUUAGAUAGAAAAUUCUAAAAUGUAGCAAUAAUUUUUAAAACAAUUCCAAAAAAAUAUAUCUUCAACUUUUGAACAAAUAAAAAGAGUCUUUGUAAAAGUUAAUUAAGAAGCUUAAUGAAAAAUAUGAGUAGUAAAUUAAAAUAAACUCUUUAGGGUAAUAUUAAAAAGACUAAUUAAAUCAACUGGCUUUAAAUUUGAUCGAAUAAAAUUAGAUUGAUGAGUCUUUGUUGUUUUCUAAGCGCUCAGAACUUAGAAAGUUGUAAGCAUAAAAAAUAAUUAAGGCUUAUGAUCUUUAUAAAUUAAAUUAUUCUUAUGAAGACUUUAGGAUAUCUGAAUUUUUAGAGAGCCAUACAAUAAGUAAUAUUGUAGUAGCAGAAGAUGAUACUUCAAAUCAGAGCAGCGAAAAAAAUAUAUGGAAAAUUAACUAUAAAGCUUAACAUUUAAACCUAUAUUCAUAGGAGCAUAAGCAAAUAAUAAAUUAUUCCUUUGAAAAUUUAAUCAAAUUUAUAGAAUAUGUAUUAAGAGUUAAAAAUUUUGAAAUACCUUUUUAUUUUUAUUUGGAUUAACGCUACAAUUUACCAAAUCUACUACAGCCAUAGUAUUCUGAAGAAUUAGUGUACAUAUAUAAUUCAAAUACUUAGACAUAAAAGGAAUCUAUCAAACUUUUUAACGAAAAUCUUAUGCCUAAUUAUGAAAACUUUGUCUACUGUUGGAUCAACUAUUAAAUUUUAUACAAAAGACUUGGGAUGGACUUUAAAAAAUUAGUAUUAGAUUAAAAACUAAUAUUUCCAGUGCACUAAUUAAAAGAAUUUUUUUAAAGUGAACUUGAUAAUAUAAAGUCUUAGUUACCAUCUGUAGAAUAUCAAAAUAUAGUAUAUAAUAACUAAUUAAUUAAUAGUGAUUUAUUAUAAAUUAAGUACCAUAAAAACUCUUUAAAAGUAAUAAGUGAAGAAAUUACUAUCUUUAGAGAUGAUCCAAAUCUUUAAAUAAUCCAUGACAUAAACCAAGAGAGUAAAUUGAGUGAAACAGAAUAAGAGAAUAGCGAUUUAGAAAGAAGUUUUGAGUUUAUUUGA